AUGAGCCACUACAGCUCAAGGUACUCCGACUCCGACUCGGAUGUCGACAUUCACAUUAGCCGUCACCGUGCCUCGCCAGCACGUCCCGCUCGCGUUCCUGUUGCGCACUACGUCGAAGCCCGUCGACCUGCCGCCCCUCGUGGCUAUGGUGACAGCGACCGGUAUCUGGUCCCGGCAGCGGAGCGCACCGUCGUGACCACUCGUUCCAGGUCCAGGGACCGUCGGCGACGUGAGAGCCCCCCUAGGUCCCCGCCCGCCCCUGCUCCCGUCAUCAUCAACAAUCAUAUCAUCAACCACUCCGAUUCCGAUUCCGACUCUUCAGACGAUAGCCAUCGAAGGUAUGAUCGUAUGCAGGUCGCUCGCCACCACCACCAUCACCAAUCUUCGCGCUCCCGGGCCGACUCAUCCACUUCCGACUACUACCGAGAGAAGUACCUCGCACGUGAACAGGAGGAAGCGCGACGUCAUGAGGUCGAUCGCGAGAUUGAGCACCGGCGCAAGGACUACGAGCUCGAAAAGGCCCGGAAGGAGCUUGAAGAGCUGAAACUGUCGGAAAAGAUUGAAAAGGACGAGCGUCGACGCAACAAGACAGCCCAGGAGGAGCGCGAGUUGAGUCAGAUGAAGAAGGAGCUGCACGAUAUCCAGCUCGCCAAGGAGAAGGAAGAAUCCGAGAGGCGCCUCAAGACAAAGCUCGAGGUCGAACGCCUGAAGAAGGAGGACGAGGAGCGCCGCGCCAAGGAACAUCGCCAGAAAAUGGAGAAGGAGGCCAUCGAGAAGUACAAGAGGGAUGAAGCUGCUCGUGUAGCCAAGGAGAAAGCGGAGAAGGAGGAGGCGGAGCGCGAGUACAAGCACAGACUGCAGGAGCAACUGCUCAAGUCCGGCCUUGAUGAGAAGGAGAUCAACGCCAUCAUCUCAGGCAAGAAGGUUGAGAAGAGGAAGGAGGAGAAGAAGAAAGAAAAGGAAGAGCAUGACGCACGUCCGACAUAUACCCGCAUGGCUCGUCGGCAUCUUUCGCUGGAGACAUUGCGGAUAUACAACGUUGAUUACCAGCUUGAUUCGGAUCCCGAGUUUGUUUUAAUCAGGAGAUUGGUGCCUGACACGGAGCAAGAUAUCCUCUGGAGGCACACCAGAAUCAUCAGAGAGGAGCGCGAGCGCAAACUGAUCAUGACCAUCGAGGACAAGCCGAAAAAGCACAAGCACCACCAUGGUGCAACCCUGGAACCGGAAUUUGAAUGGGUCCGUAAGAAGGAACGUAGAAGAAGCCGAUCCCCCUCGCUGUUGAUGUACCUGGCAGGAGCGAAGCCAGCGUAG